AUGUCUGGGAAGCACACACGUGACGAACCGGUAAAGACCGCGAAGAACUUGAACUACGAGGACGACAUAAAUUACGCUCUAGGCUGGUGUCGGCGUCUGUUGAAGCUGAUCGGAGUUUGGUCGCUGAUCGAGGAACGGACCAGCUGGCUGGAGAAAGUGUCGUCGUUUCUCUGGAGAAUAGUGAUCCUAUGCGUACAGUUCUUCUUCAUCGUUCCUAUCGCUCUUUACAUAUGCCUCGUGGAAGAGAACACGAACAUGAAGAUAAAACUGAUCGGUCCACCGAGCAAUUGUGCGUUCUCGGUGUUCAAGUUCUUCUAUCUCGUGUCGAGGGGAACCGCGUUCAGAAACUGCAUCGAGCACAUGGAGAACGACUGGAGAAGGGUGCGAGAUCCCCAGCAUCGAAGCAUCAUGCUCAGGCAAUUAUCGAUCAGCAGGAAUCUGCUCACUCUGUGCUUGUUCUUCAUUUACACCGCCGGUGUCACGUACUACACGAUCAUACCGCUGGUGACUAGGCGUCUGCAGAAAGGGAAUUACACUGGCAGGAAGCUGAUGCAUCCUGGUUACGAUAGAUUCUUCGAUGUGCACUCCAGCCCUACGUUCGAGCUGAUCUAUUCGGCUCACUGUGUGUCGGCUUUCUUCAGGUUCAACGUGACCUCGGCGGCGUUCAGCUUGGUCGUCGCCUUCGUCACGCACAUCUGCGGACAGAUGCAGAUUCAAAUAUUGCGGUUGCAGGAACUGUGCAACAGGAAGGAUAGAAACAGUGUUCGCGAACAGCUGUCGGUCGUUGUGCGGGAUCAUGCUGAGAUCUUAAGUGAAUGUUUGUUUCUGAUUUAUGAGGACGGUUUUGUUAUCGCUAUAAAUGGAUCUGUCACUUAA